AUGGCCAAGCGCUCACGAAGAGACUCCUUGUCUUCGCUCUCAGACCUGUCAGUCGACGGUCAGCAGACUCCAUCGUCGCGAGCGACUCCUGCGGUGACUCCGCCACCGGCCAAAGUCACGACCCUGGAUGCGGUAGACCGUCCGCCGGCGCAGGUGAUGCGCUGCUCCCUGCCCCCUCAUAGGGAGGCACUCACGUUCUCAUCAUAUGAGGAGUAUGAAGUCCACUAUCUGCAAACCCAUGUAAAUCGCUGCUCGGAAUGUGGGAAGAAUUUCCCGACGCAUCAUUUCUUGAACCUGCAUAUCGAGGAAAACCAUGACCCGCUCAUUGCCGCGCGGAGGGAGAGGGGGGAGAAGACGUUUGGCUGUUUUGUGGAAGGGUGCGAAAGGAAAUGUUCGACACCGCAGAAGCGCCGGAGGCAUUUAAUCGACAAACACAUGUUUCCAAGACUCUUCCUGUUUAUUCCUGCUAAUCAUCACCACCAGACAUACAACUUUUUCAUCGUCAACGACGGCAUCGACAAGCACAACUCCAUGCUUCGAUCACCGAACGGUCAGCGUCGGCGAGUCUCGAAGCCGCAAUCGCCGCAGGCAGGCUGGUUGCGGAACCGGAAAACGUCGCUGUCUUCCAGCACCGCCGAUCCAGAGCGGAGGGGUACUGCCAGUCAUGAUCAUGAUCACGACGCUCGUACGGAUACGGAUCCAUCGUCAGGAAUGGACAUUGACGAUCUUGCCAAAUCCAUGUCCGCGUUGCGGUUUGUGCCAACGAGUGUGGCGAAGAAGUUGGACAGUCGCAAGCAGGACAAAUAG